UAUUAUAACUUCUUUUCAAAUGAAUAACCAUAAUUUGAUACCACGUUCAAAAUACACAUUGUUUUUACGUAUAGCGUAUAAUUAAUUUAAAUUAAUAACACUGACUGACAAUCAUUGGUAAAAAGUAAAAACAUAAAUAUAUCUAUGUACAUGUACAUGUACGUAAUAUGUACAACUACUUAUUUGCAUAUGUAACACGCAAAAGGUUUCAAACAAAGUAAUUUAAUUUCUCUUUUUAGAAAAUAAAAAUUAUAUCGUUAGGAGUGCACGAUUAAUUAAAAUCUUUAAUCUUACUUAUUCUAUAAAUCGUAUUAAAGUAAUACAUAAUUAUUUCUUAUUUAGCAUUUAGUAAAUUUACGUACAUGUGUAUACGACUCUAUAUUCCUUACCUAAUAUAUGACUCUCAGCUGCUCACCUCAUGCACUGUGUAUUGUAAUUGCCGGCAAAUGAAAUAUUUCUGGCUCACAUUUUUAGCUUUGUAUAAAAGGUUUUGGUUAAAAGUGUAAAAAAUUUAGUAAAUUGUGUAUCCUUUAAUAAAAUCCAAUGAAUGGAUGUUAUUGCAAGAACGAAUUUAAGUGAACUGAAACAAUGACUUUAAGGUUAUGCAAUAAACUAAAUUGUAUAAGUAUGAUUAAUCAUACGUGGGCUUUGAAAAUAUGUCCAAGAUUUAUAGAAAAAUGUAAAUACUUUAUUUCGUUCCGCGCAUAUAAAACGGUUGCAGUUGCUGACAUUUUCCAAAAUGAUUUUACAAAAGAUGCUCGUAUACCUGAACAUAAAAUCAUUCGUUCGAUUCUUCAAGCGUCCACAUAUUAUGAUAAGACUAUUUUUCCACCUCUUAAAACAACCGCAAUAGUUAGUUCCGAGGAUAUAGAUUAUUUAUAUACUAUAAAUUGGUUUCGCGAAUCUCCAGACAAUAUUAUUAGUGCCAUUAAAAAGUUGACAUACUCUUAUUUAAGUGGCACCCAUUUAGAAAUACAACUUUAUGACAGCAUUUUAACAGCCUGUAUUAAAUGCCUUCCAGAAUUCCAGGAUCAACAAAUAAAGAUUUUAUUGCAAUGUUCAAUUACGUUACAGGAGAUGAUAGUAAAAACAAUUUGUUAUAAAAAAUUCAUAAAAACAUUAAAUAAAGAAUGUAUAAAACGAUUUUAUGGUUCAAACAUUGAGGAAAUUUUAUUAAUAAUUGAUGCAUUUUAUCAGCUUGAUCCUUCAAAUUCUGAUUUUUUAUGGCGUGCAAUGAGAAAAUUGACUACAAAAGUAUAUAAACUUUCUGCAAAAUCACUGGUCCAGGUGUUUUUUGUUUUACCUAUAGUUAAUAUAAGUUCUAUAAAUAUGUACGAACUUGAAUGUCGUGUACAAGAAUGCAUCUCUGAUCUAACGGCAAAUGAAUUAGGGAUAAUAGCAAGAGGUUUUUUUAGAAAAAAAAGGAGACUUUACAAUAGAUUCUUAAUGCCACAGAUAAUGACUAAGGCUAUUAAACAAAUUAAUAUCAUAGAUGCUACAUCUUUGGCAUCAAUUAUGAAACUUAUUAGAUAUAGUAAUUGUCAACAUUGUUUGAAAGACUUUCAAGACUUACUGUUGUCCUUGCGCGAUGAAGUACCAAGGCUAUCAAUAAUAUGUUUAAUCCAUAUGACACAUACGUUUGGAGCAUUACGCAUAUAUGAUGAAAUUUUAACAAAUAAGAUUGCUCAAAGACUAGAAAAAGAAAUGAAAACUGCAAGAAUAAAAGAUAUUGAAAGAGUUAUUUAUUGCAUAUGUACAAUUGCUCCCAUCACAGAUUACUAUACAAAUGUAUGCCACAAAUUAAUGAAUGAAAUAAUGUUGACUUAUAAGACUACCAGAGCAGCUGAAGUUAAUAGAUAUCCAAUAUCAUUAGUACGUAUUCUGAUGUUCUUAACAAUAAAAAAUAUAUACGUACCAGAAUUACUUGAAUUCGUAUUCGAGCCUAAAUUUGUACAAAAAACAUACAACAGUAAUCUCAAAUUAUUGACAAAUGAAUGGUUGAUGUUACAUUGUUCAGUUAAAAUAGAUUUGCCUUACUACAAAGGUCCAUUGCUCGAAAACAAUUUGUAUACAUAUUUAAUAAAGAACAAAUUAGGACUAGAAUUAUAUAGCGAUUAUAUUUUACCUCAUUACUUAAAUAAAGAUCUUAUUUUUGGUUUGGACGCAGAUAACAAUUCCGUUGAAAUUGGAUCUAUUUUAUCAACAAUGCCGCUAGGUUCAAUUAAAAAUGUAAAUAAUGAUAAAUUUAAAAAUAUAAAAUGGAAAGUUUUAGUUCCAUUAUCUACUUCAGUAAAAAUAGCAAAUGCUGAUUCUUAUAUUGGAUAUAUUUAUAAGAAAUGGAGACAAUUAAGAAUCAUAGGAUAUACACCGAUCCCAAUCUGUGAAAAUAUUUGGGAGUCUAUGGAUGAAGAAAGUAAAGCGCAACAUUUAAGACAAUUAAUUUACGAAGAUAUGCAACUUGAUUUAUUUAAAACCUGAUUUUCUUAAAAAAAUUUCUUUAAAAUUCGUUUUUCCUUAAAUACUUUUCAGCCUCCAAAAAGUAAUUAGUAUUGUACAUACAAUAAUGCUGUUAUUAAAUUGUCACUAUUGUAAAAAUUAUAAUAUGUUUUGUAAUAAAAAAUUUUUUAGUAAUUGGUUUUACAUAUAUUUAUUACAAUCUAUUUUAUAUUCUAUAAUAAUUAAAAAAAUAUACAUUUUUUCUAUCAACUAUUCUCAAAAAAAUCAAGCAGAAUUUGUUUAGUAUAUUCAUAAGUUACAAAUAAUGUAGCUGUUGCUGGCACUGUCCUUAUUAACGUUGGUUUUAAACCAUUGUACAAGGAAUUUAUACCUUCAUUUCUUACGAUAUCUUUCAUAACUACUAACGCAGGAGUUUUUGAAAUAAAACGAACCUGUAUCCUACUCUUAAUUACAUCAGCUGGAAAUAUUACAAGCCAUAAAACACUUCCACCAACAGCACCAGCAACCAUAGUUUUUUGCCACCCAAUAUCAUUCCUACUUUCAUCUGGCUUUCUUAGAAGUUCUCUGGUUAAUUCAUAUCCUCCAAAAAAAAAGAAAUAUCCUGGCAUUUCACGUGCUAUAGUCGACGACAAACCAGUAAAUAAACCUCUUAUGCCUUGUUCUUUAAGAAUUUCACGUGUCAAUCCCCAUGGUCCAAUUUCUUUCUUGACUACAGUUAAUGAUGAUUUAGUUUCCAUUUGAACUUCUCUUAUUGCUUGCAGUUUACAUUUUAUAAGCUCUGUGGGGCAUAACGUUAAUGAGGAAAAAAAUGCAGCAAAAAAUCCAGCACAGGCAUUUUGCAUUGAUGUCAAAUUUUCUACUUUCUUAAUAUCUAUCUUAACUGUAUCUAACGGUUGUCCAACGUAUACAAGUGCUAUUCCACCUUAAAUCAAAUGGAACGUAACGACAUGAAGUAGAAAAAAUAAUUUAUUUCUUGUAACAAGUAAACAAUUUUUUACUAAUCCCUUAAUUUCUUUGUUGUUAACGAUCAAGAUGUUAAUUAAUACUAACAGCAGAAUUACUUUCCAAAAAAAAAAAAAAUAUAGACUCAUAAUGUGAAAUAAAUUAUACGAAUUACUAUGAAGACUAUGGAUAUUUGAAAUUUUACUUAUCUUGCAAAUUGUUUAUUUAUCUCUUAUGAAUUAUUAAAAUUGAUUGAUAAAAGUAAUAACGUAUCUAGAAUAUAUCAUGUUACCAAGUGAUCCAGAAACAAAGUCAAUCAAACCAGCUCUAAUAUUAUUUAAUUGUUGAUUUUCUUUUUCACCGAAAUCAAAUGCCAUUUUUCUCUAUAUCUAAAUUAAUAAAUUUCAAAUUGCAACGAUUAUUGAUACGACAGGUUAACACGUGGUAUUCCUUUAUCGCCCUUGCUACUAUUUGAGUGUUUAUCUGCUAUCGAGUGGAAACGAUAAGGAAAGUUUGUUUGUCGAUUAGAAAUUAGUAAUGCGAUUUGUAUCUUUUAACUUUUUUAUUUACACAACACAUUCGCAUCUCUUAUUUUACAAGUUUCUUACUUUCUGAACGAACGCGCACGCGCAUUUACACAUCUAUACAAAAUUCAUAAAGAAAUUAUUCAUUGAUCGGUAACAAAGAAAUAAUCGAAGUAUCGUACAAUAUAAUACAUUUUCACGUCUCAUGUAUUUCUGUGCACAGUUCGUUCCCUUUCGAUUAAACUCUAGUAAAAUUUUUUUGACUACGUGGAAUUCAUCUUGCAGCGACACUGCACUUUUUUACGUUGCUUAUUUCAAUAUUCUCUAAUUGUACGCUAAUUUGCAACGACACGAAUAAUAGCAUAUAACCUAAAAUAAUAGGAUAACAGGAUAUAACCUAAAAUCUAUUACUUUAUAAAAGUAUUCGAAUACAAUUGCAAUUAAAACGAGAUGAUCACAGCUUUGUAAAAAUACGAUUGGACGAUGUAUGCACGAAAAAAAAAAGUUGCAAUAUCCUAAAAACUACAAUUUCCAACGAGGCAACUUUGUUACUUAUUCUUACUAGGAAAUGCUAGAUAUCGAUAUUGGUUGUCAUAGAAACACAGUGCUACAGCUUUUAAAUUCUACAUUACUAAAAUAAUCACUUUAUCACUUCAAAUACAGAUUGAUUUAAAAAGAAUGGAUUGGAGUUUGCUUCAUCGUGUUAUAUGUAUCGCCUUGCUUCCUCGAUCGCAGUGAAACGACAAAAUAUUAUAUAAUUUCAGGCAAAUUAUUCACGAAUGUUCAAAAUAGAGUCCAAGCCGAGUUAUUUUACUGAAAUUUGCGUAGUUUAGUAAAUCAAGAAAGUUACUAGAUCGUUGUAUUCGAGAUAUACAUGUAUGACGUACGCGACAGUCUGUAGUUCCAAAACAUGGGUUUUCUCGAUUAUAUUUUCAAUUAAACGAUCAUUGUUUUUUGGUUCAUUUUAACAAGGGAAGUGUUGGUUUUCAUCCAUGUUGUGAACGAAUCGCGGAAUUCAGCACGAUGACGGCCCUCCUCGCAUUACGAAAAUAGGAAAAGUGUAUAUGGUAUAGUAGAUCUGCCAUGAUAGAUCCGAACGCGUCUUCGUCUUAUACUAAAAAAGUCAGGGAUUGUUAGCAAAAUGUGUGAUUUUUGUUGUCAGGAGAGCUUCUUAAAGUAAAAGUACAGAUUGCAGAAUGGUGGUGGAUUGCUUGUCCAUUCAAGGCUCAGUAGCUAUAAUACGGAAGCAGGAGCGAAGAUUAGGCGGGUUAGUGGCUGCAAAGAUGCAACCCAACAAUGUUGGUAGUUGCGGCGGUAUGACACCCAAAGAACUUUCCGACAAUGAUGACCUAGCUACUUCUCUCGUGUUAGAUCCUUACCUAGGAUUUACCACUCAUAAAAUGAAUAUCAGGUAUAGGCCAUUAAAAGCAAACAAAGACGAACUUCGUAAAAUUAUUUGUGAAUUUAUCCAAACGCAAAAUUACGAGAAAGCGUAUAAAAAAUUAAUGGGUGGUGACUGGGGCGCAAGACUUCCUCAUACGAAGUGUAAACAACAACAAAUAAAUUUGGAAAAACACAUUUACAGGUAUUUAAAGGUUUUUGAUAAAGAUUCUGGAUUUGCAAUAGAACCGUGCUACAGGUACAGUCUAGAAGGUCAAAAAGGUGCCAAAAUUUGUGCAACUCGCAAGUGGUUAAAACACGAUAAAAUAUCUUGUCUCGUUGGUUGUAUCGCAGAACUUAGCGAAAAGGAAGAAGCAGCGUUAUUACAUCCAGGAAAAAAUGAUUUUUCUGUUAUGUUUAGUUGCCGAAAAAAUUGUGCACAAUUAUGGUUAGGUCCAGCAGCGUACAUUAAUCACGACUGUAGAGCUAAUUGCAAGUUCGUGGCAACAGGAAGAGACACAGCUUGUGUCAAGGUUCUUCGCGACAUUGAAGUAGGGGAAGAAAUUACUUGUUUCUACGGAGAAGAUUUUUUUGGAGAUGGUAACUGUUAUUGCGAAUGUGAAACGUGUGAAAGAAGGGGAACCGGAGCAUUUGCAAAUCAAAAACCAGGAGAAGAACUUUCAUCCGGCUAUCGUUUACGAGAAACAGACAAUCGUAUCAAUCGUACGAAACAUAGACAACAGCCGCUAAGUCGUAAUAAGCAACAAGCCGAUACUGCUCUCACAGAAAGAAACGCAGUGCUUGUCGGUAAUGCUGCUGUAGCGCCGCAGAGUCUUAGCAUGAAAGAAUUAAGAAGGAAGGGAUUGACAAAAUAUGACGCAGAGUUAUUAAUUGCACAAGGAUGUCGCUUUUCUGAUAUUGCUCAACAGCAACCUAUUACAAAUAACGGGGAAAAUGUGUUACAAACAUCUCGACCUCACCCAGUUGCCAUUACAAAUUCCGCGACGAGAAAUCUACGAAAUAAACAUUUGUGCAAAUUUGACAGUAACAACGAUCAUCAGAAUAACGUUAAAAAUCACACGCUUCGAUCAUCCAGACUCCAUAAAAGGACCGAAUCAAAAAAGAACAAAGUUUCCGAAAAAGCUGUAUCUCCUUGUUUAAAUGGUUCCAUAAUAAAAACUAUCGAACUAGAAGACAUAGGUCAUCGUAAGGAAGAUUCUGACAGAGUAGACGAAGAAAUUAUAUAUUCCAGAUUACACAAGACUCAUUCAAAAAACAACUCAGACGAGGAAACUAACAAUAUUUGCCAUGUUCAGACCUCACGUCAGGAUAUACCGGAAGAAUCAACUUGCUCUAAUCUUCAAAGAGAGCGUUCAGAUUUAACAUUCGUUAAAAAUAACAAAGAAGAACCAAAUAACAAAUUGGUAAACGAAAAAGAAAUACCCGAUAUCAUUAUAGAAAUUAAUUCUAAUUCAGUAGGUAAUAUUAAUACUUCCAAUUCUAAAAAAGAACACUAUAGUACAAAUUCCUGUGAUUCAGUUCGUACAAGUUCCAUACCUGAAAGCCGAUUAGACGAUUUACACGAAACUGAGAGCGAGCCAAUCUCACGAGAAAAUCGUCAGUCGAGAAUCUGUCAUUAUAAUAAUUUGUCUUCAGUUGAAAAUUCCAAAGACACGAAUAACAUUUCGACAACAAAGUCGAACAUUUGCGUCAAAAAAUGUUUAGAACUCGAACAGAAAGUUUUGAAAGAAGAAAAAGAAAAAUAUCACGAGCUCGCGCGUAAGGAUUAUUCUCGCAAAAACGAAGAACAAAUACCUUUACUUCGUAUAAAAUCUCCUAAAAAUUCGAAUUUUCUAGAAACUGACACAACGGCAUCUACGUUCGAUAUACACGAAUGCAAUAAAGAUUCAGAGAAAAACGAUUCUAUAAGUUCAAAUGCACUGGUUAAAUACUUGAUAGAAAACGAGGCAAAUAAAUUUGACAGGUUUGUUUCGGAUUCUAACGAGUCUCCAGAUAACAACGAACACGGUAAAAUGAUAUUUGUAAAAGAAAAUACGGAUGUAGAACGUAACAAACGAAAUUGCCAAAAUGAUUCAACGAUGAAAAAUAAUAUAUACGCAGUUAACGUCGAAACGUCAGAAAUAAAAUCUGAAAAAACUGAAAUUAUCGAUACGUGUACGGAUGAUGUACAUUCUCGGGUAGAUCCUUGCAAGGAAAAUAACAAAAAUUUCAGUACGAUGGAAACUAACAAUUACAGUGAAAUUAACAAAUGUAAUUUAGGGGAUACUCGCAACGCUAUUUCAAAUCAACCCACGCAAAAGAACGAUUCAUCACACGCAACACUAAGAUCUCACAAAAAUAGAAGAAAACUUUUGAACCAGAAGAAAUCUACAAUUUCUGAACCGACGAGAGAAGAAUUGGAAACUGCUAUGGAACACAAAAUUACCGACAAUACGAUCGCAGCUGUUUCAAAAACCCGCAGCAAAGCAGAAAAAGCAAAAAGCAGGUUGACGAGAAGUCAGAAACGAGAUCGAAAAAAAAUAGCGACUAGCGAAAUUGGCGUAGCCGACGAUGAUUCGGGUAUUCAAGGUGAUAUUUAUGAGUUUAGCGAGAAGGAGAGUAAUCUGGAAGAUAUUAGAAUACCGUCGAUAAUGCGGCGUAAACAGGAAACUCGUCACACACCCGGGCUCGCGUCACACUUGCAAGAAAUGCAAUACAACGACGAGUACAACAAAGCCGAACCUCCAGUAUUACUUCCACAAGAACCAUGGCCACCAGCUAGUUGCAAUCAGAGUCAGUUGUUAGAGUCAGAUGGCAACGGCCGAUCGAGAGAAAAUUCUGUAGAUAGCGAAAGUCUAAAAAGAUUAUCAGCUUGUAGCAACGAUAGCGCGCAAAAAUUAACAACUCCUUCGGAGUGUCAAUGGCAGAUGAAUAGUUCCAAUUGUCAAGCGUGUCCAACCACUCCAGAGAGAACCGGCAGAUUAAAACUUACUCUACGCAUGAAACGUUCGCCAGUUUUGGAAGACAUCGUAGAAUCGGGUACGAGUUUAAGCGAAGAUAGUUACGAACCUGAAUACGAAGUAUUACGCGUCGAGGGUGUGGAAAGAAGCAGGCACAAGAAAAAACAUAAAACUCGAGAUCGCGAGAGACGACACAAGAAACGCGAAUUAAACCUCGAUCCUCCUCCACCGCCUAUGAAGAGGUUGCGUUUAAUUUUUGGCAAUGAAACACAUACCAUCGACUUUCCACAUUCUUAACAACUAUAAACAAUGAUUCUCCAUACCUGGAACAAAUUAUAAAUACAACUUAGACAUGUAACGACAGGGCUCCUUAUCUCGUAACAUUGUGAAUUUAUUUGUAGUUCAAGCGAUAAGCGAUGUGCCGUCGCCAAACUUUACAGAUAUCCGACGAUAAAACUAUCGCGUUCCGAUUUUGUGUUAUUUUUUACUAUUUAAAUUUUGUCUCGCUUCUCGUUCUCGUUCCAACAACGAACAAUCGAAGGCCUAGUAAAAUUCCUCCCAAGACGGAAAACAGUAACGAAAAAUAAAACAGGGACGUACAUUGAUUUAUAGCGAACGUUCGUUCGAAAAUUUGACACAGCGUUGCUCGAAGCAGUUAACGAACAAGCAAUUAGUUCAUCGCGACACGUUCGUUCGUAGUAAAAUUAUAGCAUUUUAUUUUUACCAUUUUCGACGUAGCGAGCAAAUUUUUAAAAUCUGUGGUCUUUCGUCGUCGAUUUAUUCUCGAUAUUAACGAGUUUACGUCAUUGUUAAACUAUUUUUUACCAAGAAAAUAUUUACGUCGUAUUCAAAUUUCACACGUAUAGGACAAAGGGAACAGCGAUCGUCUCUCUGUUUUAAAGGAACAAGGAAAGAACAUAACGAGUCGAAUUAUAUUCAAUUGCUAUUUCCGUAGACGAGGACAAAGGGAAAAAAAAAUGCAUACUCUUAUACUAUGUAUAAUAGUUGUAAUAGUCGUAACGAUAGUAAUAAUAACAACAGUAAUAAUAAUAGUAAUAAUAAU